CAUGCUAUUAGGCAAAUUCCUUCUCGUGGCAAGUUUCAUAUUGCCAAUUGCAUACACAUGGACGGGUGCUACAAUUAGAAACCAUCCGGCGGAUGUUGUCGCUGCACGAAACAAAAUCACUUCACGAUCAGUGGCGAGAUCCGAGCCAACCAAUAGCUACAUCAGACCGUGCUACUUCACCAACUGGGCUCAAUACAGACAAGGACGAGCCAAGUUUGUGCCAGAGGAUUACACUCCAGGACUCUGCACGCAUAUUCUCUUUGCAUUCGGAUGGAUGAACGCUGACUACACCGUUCGAGCAUAUGAUCCAGCAGACUUGCCAAAUGAUUGGGCUGGAGAAGGAAUGUACAGAAGAGUUAACAAGCUGAAAGUCACUGACACCCAACUCAAGACCCUUCUCUCGUUCGGAGGAUGGAGUUUUGGAACUGCACUUUUCCAAGGAAUGGCUGCCAGUUCUGCGUCUAGAAAAGUUUUUAUCGACUCUGCUAUCACUUUCGUUCGCACUUGGGGAUUCGAUGGUAUUGAUAUCGACUGGGAGUACCCUUCUGGAGCAACUGACAUGGCUAACUACGUUGCCCUCGUGAAGGAGUUGAAGGCUGCUUGUGAGUCGGAAGCCGGAAGCACUGGAAAGGAUCGUCUUCUUGUAACCGCCGCUGUCGCCGCAGGACCAGCCACAAUCGAUGCUGGGUAUGAUAUUCCAAACUUGGCACCGAACUUUGACUUUAUUCUUCUCAUGAGUUACGAUUUCUUCGGAGCAUGGGCUUCUCUUGUUGGAUUCAACUCUCCACUCUAUGCUACGACCGAGCUCCCAGCUGAAUGGAAUGGAUGGAACGUUGAUUCAUCUGCUAGAUACUGGAACCAGAAGGGUAUGCCAAAAGAGAAGAUCAUCGUCGGAAUGCCAACAUAUGGACGAGGAUGGACUUUGAACAAUGCCAGUGCAAUUAAUCCAGGAACAAGCGGAUCCCCAGCUAAGAUCACUCAAUAUGUUCAAGAAGCCGGAGUUGGAGCCUACUUCGAGUUCUGCGAGAUGCUCGCCAAUGGAGCCACCAGAUAUUGGGAUAGCCAGUCUCAAGUUCCAUAUCUCGUACAAGGAAAUCAAUGGUGGUCGUACGAUGAUGAAGAGUCGUUUGCCAACAAGAUGGCAUACGUUAAGAGAGAAGGUUACGGAGGAGCUUUUGUAUGGACUCUUGAUUUUGACGAUUUCAAUGCUGGAUGCAGCAACUCUAAUGGUCAGCUUUACCCACUCAUCAGUGUCAUUGCUAAGGAGCUUGGAGGAGUUAUCAUUCCAAAGAAAGGUGGCGUCACAACUGCUCCAACCACUGUAGCAACUACGGUCACAACUGGACGCCCUCCAAUGACUUCAGCAGUAACCACAACUACUGCCGCUACCACAACUACAACACGUGCAGCUACUACAACCACAGCUUCCAAUACAAAUGUCUGUUCUGGAAAAUCGGAUGGAUUUUAUCCAAACAGCAACAACUGCGGACUUUUCGUUCUUUGUCUGAGCUCAAAAUCAUACAGCAUGUCGUGCCCAUCAGGACUUCAAUACUCUGCUUCCCUGAAAUACUGUACCACUUCCACUGCUUCUGGAUGUUCUGUGACCACUACUAGAGCUCCAACUACGACAACAAAAUCUGCGCCAACUGUCACCACAACUACAAGAGCACCAACAACCACUACACCGGCUUUCAAGUGUACCAAGGAUGGAUUCUUCGGAGUUCCGAGUGAUUGCCUCAAGUUUAUCCGCUGUGUGAAUGGUAUUUCAUACAACUUUGAGUGCCCCAACGGUUUGAGCUUCCACGCUGACACAAUGAUGUGUGAUCGUCCAGAUCCAUCAAAAUGUGCAAAAUAAGUGUAUUAAUUUCCAACAUCUGUUUAAUUUCAUUCUUGCAUUCCUUAUUUCCUAUAACUUCGUUAUUCCCACGGGCCACCUGUCAUUUGUUGCUUGUAGCAACUCAAAAAGUAAACAAUUUAUGUUAUUCAUUUAAUGUAUAUUCAACUUUAAAACGUAUUUAUUGUAUCAAUAAACGUAUAUAAC